CAGAGGGCGUUGCCAAUGCAGUCCAACCAUUAUCACUCGGCGGAGAAGAAGAAACUUCAAUAGGGAAACCAUUAACACGGAAAAAGUUCUAAAAUGAGAGUUUUCAACUUGCUGCUGAUUGGAGUUUUGAUUGCGUUGUGUGUCAGCGCGGAAUCGGUGGGUGCUCACCCUCCUCCUAGCGACGAGCCACCAAGUCCCCCAUGCACAACAACAACGCCACCCUGUACUACACCAAGGCCUCCUUGUACAACAACACCACCACCCUGUACUACACCAAGACCCCCAUGUACAACAACAAGGCCACCCUGUACUACACCAAGGCCCCCAUGUACAACAACAAGGCCACCCUGCACCACACCAAAACCCCCAUGCACAACAACAAGGCCACCCUGUACUACACCAAGGCCUCCAUGUACAACAACACCAGCACCCUGUACUACACCAAGGCCUCCAUGUACAACAACAAGGCCACCCUGUACUACACCAAGGCCCCCAUGUACAACAACAAGGCCACCCUGCACCACACCAAGGCCGCCAUGCACAACAACAAGGCCACCCUGUACUACACCAAGGCCCCCAUGUACAACAACAAGGCCACCCUGUACUACACCAAGACCCCCAUGUACAACAACAAGGCCACCCUGUACUACACCAAGGCCCCCAUGUACAACAACACCACCACCCUGUACUACACCAAGACCCCCAUGUACAACAACAAGGCCACCAUGUACAACAACACCGACUCCAUGUACGGAACCAACCACCACUCCGUGCCCCACACCAGCCCCAGCGAAGGCCCCCGCCUCACACGAUAAAGGCAACGCCGGCAACAACGCAAAUACUAAUACUGGCAAAAACUCAAAUACCAACACUGGCAA